AUGAAAUAUUAAUCAUUGAGUAACGAUAUUAGAAGGCUAAAACGAAUAGAACAGAAUAAAGAAGAUUAGUUGAAUAAGCUAAUAAGUAAUAUCGGAUAAGAAAUUUAAUAAAAGUAACUAUAAUAAUUAUAUAAUUAGCAUAGAUGAUCCGUAUAAAUAUUUAAUCAAAAGAAACUAUUCAAUAGAUGAUAGAACUAUAAUUAAAAGAGACGAUACGUAAUAACGUAGACCAUAAGGAAGUAUGUCCAUAGCUGAAAUUUGGACAAAAAAGAUGAAAAAAUAAUGUGAUAAAAUAUUAGAAGAGAUGAAGAAGAAGCAAAAUAAAUAAAUGUAAAGUUUAUAAAUUAGUUAGACUCGAUUUUUCAAAAUAAUAAUCAAUAGAUAAUAGAUAAAUUGAAGAAUCAAAUUAAUGUAUACAAUUAUUUUAUAAAUAAAGCUCCAUAAAAUGCAAGCUUGAUGAUUGAAUAAUUGGGACUUAAAGCCUUAAUGGGUAAAACUAAAUACAAAAACAAAAUUAAAUAAAUAGUUUAGUCUCCUCAAUAAAAAUUACAAUCUUAAUCCUAAAUUUUAACUCAAUCUCCUUAACCUAUCAGAAAUAGAUUUGCUUCUAAUUUUCAUUUUGAGCCCAUACAAUAUUCUCCGAUUUAGCAGAACCAUCACAACAGCCAAAGUACGAGUAGUAGUACAAAAAAUUUGUAUAACGUAAUAAUAAUAGUAAUAGAAUCAAUAGCAAUUUUAGAAAAUACAGUGUCAAUAAUGAAGUUAAAAGAGAAGUAAAUAAAUGUAUAUAUGAUUGUGAUUCCUUAAUUCAUAAUUAUAAAGAUGUUGAUAAGUAUUAAUCUAUUAUAAAAUUCGUAGAAAGUUAAAACAACCAUAGAAAAGUCGUUUAGAUAUUUUUGUUGAAAAAUAGAGAAAAGAAGCAUUAGAAGAACUAAUAUUUAUCGAAAGAAAUAAACCUAAAAACAUAUGUUGA